AAAUAUUUGUAGAACGCAUCCCGCGGGGGUUGUAGCGUUUUGCGUUUUGCGUUCUGCCAUUGCCGUAGCCGUAGCCUCUGCUGCUGCUGCUGCCGCCUCCAACUCGGAUCGCUUCAGUUGCAGUUAAACUUUUAACCCGCACGGUAUUGCCGCCAUGAGCUACUACUACUCAUCGGCGUCCGAGGAGGACUGCAGUUCCCAGUACUUGGGCAGUCCCAACUACAAUUUGGCUGCUAUGUCAGGACCUUCACAGGAUUACGGCCCAUCGGCCUUUCUAUCGCCGGACUGGACAUUCCUGGACGCUUCCGUUGGAAAUGGCUUGGAGCUAGCUCCCGCAUCCUCCUCAUCUGUAGCUUCCCUGGACAUCCAGACGCCAAGUGAAAAUAAUAUCCUUAUCAACCGCAAACGCCGUAGCGAUAGCUCUGGAGGAUCAGACACCCAGAAAAGUAGUCCAGCCGGACAGACGACUGUCCUCAGUCCCACCGUGCAGAAGCGAAGACGUCAGGCUGCCAAUGCCCGGGAGAGGAAGCGCAUGAAUGGCCUGAACGAGGCAUUCGACCGCCUGAGGGAGGUGGUGCCCGCCCCCUCCAUAGACCAGAAGCUAUCCAAGUUCGAGACUCUCCAAAUGGCCCAGUCCUACAUCCUGGCACUGUGCGAUCUCCUCCAGAACGGCGAUGUGGAGGUGGAUGCUGCCGCCUAUACGAUUUUCGGUGAUGGCGAAGGAAGUUUUGGAUUAAACGGAAGCGCCUUGACUUAGUUGGAUGCUCGAGUAUAUUUAAGUUUUGUGAUUUUCAUCUUACUGUAGAAUAGUUUAAUGAUAACGAUGAAUAAAGUUUAAAAAAA